AUGAGGGAGGUGCUAGGCCGGCUUCUCGGCCGCUUACCGAAAUAUGAGGACGUUCCACUAAUUUUGAGUGGCCUGGAGUUUGAGGGUCUACUUGCUGACCCUGGAGAAAAUAUGAGAAUACUCAGGGACGCUGAAGACUCUUUUCGGCUGUUGUACUCGAUGGCGGAGAACUUCCUGACUGCGAUAAGGAGGCCGAGGAGAGAGUGA